AUGAUUCGUCGUUUCUUGUUCGGAGACAAGUUCUCUACACCCUUCGAUGGGCCGGUAGACACCCCUUUGUGCGGCUAUCUGCAUACGGUCCUGCACUACAAAGCUAGAAGGACCUACAAAGUGACUUCUCGACUAGUGGCACCGGGCUUCAUUGAUACUCGAGUGUCAGCAAUUGUCGUCACACACUAUCCUCAGACAUUUUACGGAACGGAGGACCCGAUCAUAUAUCCGGUUCGAGCCUGGGUGCUCAACAUUAGAACGGUGUCAUGUGGGCUCAUGUGCGGAUUUGGGCCACCGGGUUCCCUUUGA